AUGGUGGAUGACAGAAUCCUCGCGGAGACUGAAGGCUCCUUCGACAGCGUGACGACGAAAUACGGCCCUAUUGCCUCUAUGACCCGAAACCAGUUCUUCGCCCUGUUGGCUCAUUAUUGCAAUCCGCAUCAAGAGGUCUGGGAUGCCGACGCUGCCCAGCUGGCAUUCGGUAGUUCCCUCUCAAUAAGGGACAACAGAGACAAUGCUAUGUUUCUCAGUCAACCCCUUCUUCGUCGAUUGAUGCUUGAAGUUCCGUCAUCAGCUACAGCAGCAGGGCAGGAUUCCAGUGGUCAUUUUCACCACAGAAAAAUGUUUCUAGAGUCGAAGACUCUCGAUGAAGGACGCGAGAUUGUCAGGAAGGCCCUAUUGGACAAGAUGACUCGCUCGUUUCGGCUGAUUCCCGAGGAUGGGGAAGCAGAUGUUGAUGCCCCCUUGCAUACCUAUCGGGUCGAGUCGCUGCUGGCAGUGGAGCUGUGUAACUGGAUUUCUAGGGAGUUUCAGGCCGAUGUUACGGUCAUGGAAGUUAUGGGUGGUGCUACCGUGGCUAUGAUGGGUAUGAUGGUGGCUGGACGGAGUAAACUUGCUCAUCCUCAGUGGUUGUAG